GCGCCGCAGCGAAUGGUCGCGCCGGGCGCAGCUCUGACUGACCUUUCACCCGCGCCCAGCGGUCCCGGGCGGCGGCACAAGGCGGAAGCCAUGGCGGAGGCGGCGGCUGCGGCGGGCGGGACGGGCGCGGGCGCGGGCUCCGGUUCUGCAGCGGACCCGGGGCGGGACCGCGCCGGGCGGAGGCUGCGGGUUCUUUCGGGCCAUCUGCUGGGCCGGCCCCAGGAGGCUUUGAGUACCAAUGAGUGCAAAGCGCGGAGAGCGGCGGCGGCGGCUACGGCGGCGCCCACUGCCACUCCCGCCGCGCAGGAGUCGGGCACUAUCCCCAAGAAGCGGCAAGAAGUUAUGAAAUGGAAUGGAUGGGGAUAUAAUGAUUCCAAGUUCUUCUUCAAUAAGAAAGGACAAGUUGAGUUGACUGGGAAAAGGUACCCUCUUAGUGGCAUGAUUUUGCCAACUUUUAAAGAAUGGAUUCAAAAUACCCUUGGAGUAAGUCUGGAGCAUAAAACUACCUCUAAAGCAUCCUUAAAUCCUAGUGAUACACCUCCUUCUAUUGUAAGUGAAGAUUUUCUUCAUGAUCUUAAAGAAACUGAUAUUUCAUAUUCACAAGAAGCAGAUGACCGAGUAUUUAGAGCUCAUGGUCAUUGUCUUCAUGAGAUAUUUUUGCUCAGGGAAGGAAUGUUUCAGAGAAUUCCUGAUAUAGUUUUAUGGCCAACAUGUCAUGAUGAUGUAGUUAAGAUUGUGAAUCUAGCGUGCAAAUAUAACCUUUGUAUCAUACCAAUUGGUGGAGGAACAAGUGUUUCAUAUGGCCUCAUGUGUCCUGCAGAUGAGACAAGAACAAUUAUUUCUUUGGACACUUCACAAAUGAAUCGAAUCCUCUGGGUUGAUGAGAACAAUCUGACAGCUCAUGUAGAGGCUGGCAUAACAGGACAAGAGUUGGAAAGACAGCUUAAAGAAAGUGGUUAUUGUACAGGUCAUGAACCAGAUUCCAUGGAAUUCAGCACUGUGGGAGGAUGGGUAUCUACUCGGGCAUCAGGCAUGAAGAAGAAUAUCUAUGGCAAUAUUGAGGACUUGGUGGUUCAUAUAAAAAUGGUAACACCUAGAGGUAUAAUAGAAAAAAGCUGUCAAGGACCUCGAAUGUCAACAGGCCCUGAUAUCCAUCACUUCAUCAUGGGAUCUGAAGGAACUCUUGGUGUGGUAACAGAAGCUACAAUAAAAAUCAGACCAAUCCCUGAAUACCAAAAGUAUGGCUCAGUAGCUUUCCCUAAUUUUGAACAAGGAGUAGCCUGUUUAAGAGAAAUUGCAAAACAGAGAUGUGCUCCUGCAUCUAUUCGCCUUAUGGACAACCAGCAGUUUCAGUUUGGUCAUGCUCUUAAACCUCAGGUUUCCUCUAUUUUCACAUCAUUUUUGGAUGGAUUAAAAAAGUUUUAUAUUACAAAGUUUAAAGGAUUUGAUCCAAAUCAGCUAAGUGUCGCUACAUUACUGUUUGAGGGGGACCGUGAGAAGGUUCUUCAACAUGAAAAACAAGUGUAUGACAUUGCUGCAAAAUUUGGUGGAUUGGCAGUUGGAGAAGAUAAUGGACAGCGAGGUUAUUUGCUGACCUAUGUCAUUGCAUACAUUCGAGAUUUGGGUUUGGAAUACUAUGUAUUAGGAGAAUCUUUUGAGACUUCAGCCCCUUGGGACAGGGUUGUAGAUCUCUGUAGAAAUGUAAAAGAAAGAAUAACAAGGGAAUGCAAAGAGAAGGGUGUUCAGUUUGCUCCUCUUGCUACAUGCAGGGUGACGCAGACUUAUGAUGCAGGUGCAUGUAUCUAUUUUUACUUUGCCUUUAACUACAGGGGAAUCAGUGACCCACUGACUGUGUUUGAACAAACUGAGGCAGCUGCUAGAGAAGAAAUCCUCGCUAAUGGAGGGAGCCUGUCGCAUCACCAUGGAGUGGGCAAGUUACGGAAGCAAUGGCUAAAGGAAAGUAUCUCUGAUGUCGGCUUUGGGAUGCUGAAGUCUGUCAAGGAAUACGUGGACCCCAAUAACAUCUUUGGAAACAGAAACCUUUUAUAAAUCCAUUACUAUUGUUAAGAAAAAUGUCACUUUUUUUUUAAGUCUUUAACUAUGGUUAUACCAGUAAUCAAAUAUAUCAUGGACUUUAUUUCAGCUACAUUUGUUUGUUGGUUUAAAAUGUUUGUUUCAUUCUGUAGUUUGUUUUGUUUCUACAUCUAUGGAUUGACAGAUGGUAUUCCUAAAUCUCUCUCAUUGUAGGUGCAUCAGUUUACAGCCAACUGGUUGUCAUUUCAAAUUUCAGUCAGGCAGCACAAGGCUGCCAGUUGUUAUUUCAGAAGAAGAUGCUGCCGGCUGUUUUGUAUUCUUGGGAACAAAGGCAGAUUUUGGUGUCAUCUGUUGUUUCUCUAGCCUCUUUUUUAAAAGAACAUUUCUGGGAAGCAACUAUCUAGGGAAGGAUUGCACUGAGGAGUGAUGUACAUGUAUGCUUUUUUUAAGAGUGCAUUCUAGUGUGAGUAGGCCAUUAAGAGAGAACACCCGUGAAAGAAUAUAAGCCACCUCUUGUUCAGGAUGCCUUCAGUUUGGUAAGGUGCUUGGCCUACAUUUUUGUUUCAAAUUAGUAUACAGUUAUAAAACCUUACAUCAUUAGUAUGAUUUAUUCUGUCAAGGGACAUGUUUUUGUUCUCCAUGUUUCUAUUUCUACUGAGGUAUGAGUUGUAUUUGUAUCACUGAGAUAACAUACUGUUAUAUCCUAAUUCAUUCAUAAUGUGUUAUAAGAAAAGCUGACUUAUCGCUCGUUGUACGUGAAGAACAGGUUUCCGUAUCCAUGAAAGGAAUGGCUUUAUUCAACUUAGAGUCCUGAUGUUUCUCAUUUCACAUCAUUGUUGCUGAGAUGCAGAAGAAGCUGCAACAGGAACAGAAGAAGGAAGACUCCUUUCACCGAAUGUCUCCAGUUCAAAGAAUUGUUUUGGCUAAAGAAACACAGUCAUCAUUCAGCUACUGAAUUUGAAAACCUCAACAGUUUCGAUGACAAAAAACCUUUUUUUAAAAAAAUUAACCCAAACAACAUGAUAAACUUCCAUAUAAAAGUAAAAUUUCAAUUUAGUUCUUAAUAAUGGUUUAAUGACUUUUUUCAAUUACUGGUUUAACCUAAAUUUUAAAAAAAGUAAUGUAUUAAUACACAUACCAUAAUCAAAAGUUCGAAAUACCGUAUUUCUUAAACAAUAGGGAGAACAUUAACCACAUUUAGCAAACAUUUUUACAUUCAAAUCUGGAUAUUAAAAUAAAUGAAAUGAUUACUUUGAAUCACUGUCUGUCAAGGUUCAUGAUUCACAUUUUGAGAUGGAUUCUUUUCUUGAUGCAAUACCUAACUUUUGAUAAUUUUUUUUAAUUAAUAUUUGAUCAGCUAAUGUAAGUCAAAAUGCAGACGAUCCUUUAAAAGGACACACUGUCUGUCUAUGUAGCAACAGCUCCAGAGUAUUUUUGGGCAGUUUGAUACCUUUUAUAUCUGAAGUAGUAGCCUUAACCAGAAAAGUGAAAAUCUAAAAUUGACUGACAAAAUGAUAUUUUUAAGACUUCAAAAUUAUAAUUUUCAACAAAAUUGGCCUCAAACUAAUAAACUUAAAAUCUGUAAGCAAAUCAAAAUGAAACAUUAGUUUAACAACAAAAACUAAAUAUUUAUUUAUUAGAAGCUGCCUCUCUUCAUUGAUGAUUUAUUUCUAAUUAUAAAAUUUCCAGCAGAUCUUUGCUUCACGUCCUUGAUAUUUGAUAUAGUUGGAUACUUGAUGAGGAAAUUACACUUGCUUCUAGAAUUGUAAAAAUCUCAGCUUUAUAAAAUGAAUCUAUUCAUGAAGGUAAUUUCUCUAACUGAUCAAAAUGUAAAAUUUAAUACGGUACUAACAUCUCACUGGAGUGUAUACAUGUUUCUGAGUAAUUUUUUAGAAAUAAAACUUACAGAUUCAUAAGCAGAUCCA